GACGGCAGCCGACAGCCUGGGAGGCGGGGGAGAGGAAGAAGAGGGCGGUCUCUGGGGUAGGGCGAGGUGGUGACCCAGGGCCAGGAAUGUCCGCGGCGCGGGUCCCCAGAGCCGCCCCGGGGCCGCGUGCGGGCGAUGGCUCUCCGUCUGGUCGCUGACUUCGAUCUCCGGAAGGACGUGCUCCCGUGGCUGCGGGCGCAGCGGGCGGCGUCAGCGGCCCCUGGGGCAGAAGAUGUUUUAGAAACAAAUUAUGAGAGCUUACGUGUACUAAAUGUUGAAAGAAAUGGAAAUAUUAUUUAUAACUAUAAGGAUGAUGAGAGAAAUAUUGUCUUUGGAUUAUAUGAUUGCCAAACCAGAAAAAAUCAGCAUCUGUAUACCUUUGAGAAAGACUUGCAAGUUGUCAGUUGCUCUGUCAACAGGGAGAAAACUUUACUUGCUGCAAGUUUAGUUAAAUCUACUGAAGAAGGUAGAAGGAAUGAGCUACAACCAGGAUCAAAGUGCUUAACUUUGCUGGUUGAAAUCCACCCUGUUAACAAUGUGAAGGUUCUAAAAGCAGUGGAUAGCUAUAUUUGGGUACAGUUCCUCUACCUACAUGUUGAAAGUCAUCCUCUCCCACAGGACCAACUGUUACUGAUAUCAGAAGAGAAAUAUAUUGAACAAUUUCAUAUCCAAGUCACCCAAGAAGAUGGAAAUAGAGUGGUAAUUAAAAAUUCUGACCAUCUCCCAAGACACAGAAUAGCUGAGGAUUUUGUUUGGACUCAGUGGGAUAUGACAGAGCAGAGAUUAUACUACAUUGACCUGGAGAAAUCAAGGAGUAUCUUAAAGUGCCUCCAGUUUUAUGCUGAUCAGAGCUGUGAUUUAAUGUUUGAAGCACCUUUGGACAUAACAUUAAGUGACUCAGGAUUUAAACUCAUCAACUUUGGAUAUGAUUAUCGUCAAGACCAAGAAAAAUUGUGCAAAUACCUGACUCUGUGUGUUUUUACCAACCAUACAGGAAGCUUGUGUGUAUGUUACAGCCCGAAGUUUGACUCUUGGGAACAAAUCACAUAUUCAGUGUUUUACUUUCAUAAAGGAUACAGCAAGACCUUCACUGCUGCUCUUGGGAGUGCUGGCUCACAUGGGACACAAGGCAUUACUUUCCUCAAUCUUGAACGUUAUGUGGCUGUUUACUUACCUGGUCAUUUCUUUCAUUUACUUAACAUUCAACAUCCAGACUUGAUCUGCCACAGUCUAUUUCUGACAGAAAAUAACAAAACAAAUGAUACGCUACCUCAUAGUUCUUUCCAGUCCCUGUCAGGAUCCCUGGUACUGGAUUGGUAUUCUGGAAGGCUCUACAGAGCAUUCCUUGACCAGUCCUAUUUAUUGCGGUUCCUAUGGAACACCUCCCUAGAUUGUGAGAAGAUGGCCAUAUUGCACUGUGUGCUCUCUUGUGGACAAGAUCCACAGUUCCUGGAAGGCCAGAUUAUUCAAUGGAUUUCUGAGAAUGUCUCUGCCUGCCAUUCAUUUGACCUCAUUCAGGAAUUUAUAAUUGCUUCUUCUUAUUGGAGCAUAUAUGCAAAGACAAGUAAUGUGGACACAAUUUUGCCAUAUUCUUCAGUGCUCACCUGGAAUACAGAAAUUCCUGGAAUAACCCUUGUGACGGAAGAGAUUGAAUUGCCUCUCAUGAAGGUCCACAGCUUUAAGGGCUAUUGGGAAAAACUGAACUCCAACCUAGACUAUGUUAAGUAUGCCAAGCCAUACUUAUGUUAUAACAACAGUGUGGUCAAGAGAGAGUGGCACAACCUGAUCUCUGAAGAGAAAACGGGAAAAAGAAGGUCCACAGCAUACAUGAGGAACAUUCUUGAUAGUGCAAAAAGGGUGAUUUCUAACAUAGAAGCAAGGAAUUCGGAGCCAAGAUUAACACUCCUCUUGCAGGAGGAGGACAACCACCAGAAGCUGCUCUUGGGGCUGAUGGUGUCUGAGUUGAGAGAGCAUCUUUUGAGACACCUACAAGGUGUAGAAAAGAAGAAAAUUGAACAGAUGGUUUUGGACUACGUUUCAAAACUGCUGGAUCUCAUUUGCCACCUAGUGGAAACCUGCUGGAGGAGGCAUGAUCUUCAGUCUUCUGUUCUCCACUUCAAUAGGCCUCGAAGUGCUGCUGAAUUUGAAGUCUUUCACAUCAUGACCAGGAUUUUGGAAGCUACUAACAGUUUAUUUUUACCUCUGCCUCCUGGUUUCCACACUCUGCACACGAUCCUUGGAGUCCACUGUCUCCCUUUGCACAACUUGCUGGAUUAUAUUGAUAAUGGAGUGUUGCUUCUCACUGAAACAGCAGUCACAAGGCUUAUAAAAGAUCUGGAUAAUUCAGAGAAGAAUGAAAAACUGAAAUUCAGCAUCCUUGUACGACUUCCUCCGCUCAUUGGUCAGAAGAUCUGUCGAGUUUGGGAUCAUCCCAUGAGUUCCAAUAUCAUUUCACGGACCCAUGUGACCCAACUGCUUCAGAACUAUAAGAAGCAGUCUCGGAAUUCUAUGAUGGACAAGUCAUCAUUCAGUGUAGAAUUUCUGCCUCUGAACUACUUCAUUGAAAUUCUGACUGACCUGGAGUCCUCCAGUCAAGAGUUGCCUCAGGUCUUCACUAAAAUCUGUUCAAAGGCCUUGAUCUUGAGUAGAUGUAGACCAAGGAAGGGACCAGUCCAGAGGCUGCACUGAUGUGGCACAGAAGUGGAACAGGCACUGAGUGUUUGGUCUGAUGAGGUAAGUCCCCACAUGAACCUCUUGUUCAUUAUUAAAUUAUAGGGGAAUUAGAGAUUAAAUCUCAUUCUAUGUGACUGAACAUUAAUAAGCAGCAAGCUUCAGGUAAUCACUUGCUCCAGAGGACAAGAGGACCACACAUGGUGCCCAAGCUGUUCCCAGCAAGCAUCAGCAGCAUAAUUAUGCUGUGGCUAUUGACAGCCUAGAUUGCUGAAGUUUUAAGAUAUGAGGAAGCUGAGCUAGAAAAAGGGGGAAAGCAGGAGAUGCUUCAUGAGAGAACAAUCUAUAGCUAUGAAGCCUUCUCAGAUUCCAUCCCAGAGUAAUGUUUAAAGGUAUUUUCAAACAAGACAUCAUUCAUAGGUUGCUACAGGCACCAGGAGUAGCAUGGAUUGGUUUACAUGCAAGAACUCAAGUGAUCUACAAACUAAUUAAGGUAAGAGACAAAUGCAAAUGAUGUGAGGAAGUGUCCCAGGACAGCUCUCCCACCUGAAUCUGGAGCACCGCAAGAUCGGCAUCCAAGGCACUCUUGACUGGCAGUAACUUCUUUGUCACGCUAAUCUGUCUUUGCUUCUCGGCUAUCUUCAGUUUUAGGAAUCGGAUUUUUUCUUCCAGGACAUGUAUUUCAGUUUCCCCAUUUAGUUUCAACUUCUCUUGGAUAUUUAUUUUUUCAUAAAAAAUGCACACUUCUUCUUCUCGCUCAAUCAGCUGAACACCACUGUGGUCAAAUUCAAAGGAAGAGGCUAAGUGAAUGCUAAAGCUACUGUUUCACUAGUUAACUGUAGUUCCCUCUAGCUUUGGGUACAUACAAACACACAACACAGGAAAAUUCCAGAGGGUGGGAGAUACUUACUGAUGUUUUUCUAGUUAAAACUGCACACUGGAUUUUCCUGGAGGUGUGUUUAGCAGCUUGACACUUAGGCCAACCAUGUGAUUAGUUGGCUGCAGUGUCUCUGUGGGUUUCAAAGGUUUUCUGGGGGGCAGGAAAGAAUGUCAUUCCCCAUGUGUGAACAAAGUAAUCCCAUAGUCUGAUUUUCUGCAGACCCUGUUCUUGGGCCAGAUUUGCCAACAAAAUCCUGACCAGAAGUGCACAGGCAGGGGGCCAGAGAAUGUGUUUUGGGGGUAAUUCUGCUCUAUAUCAAGUUGCCAGGCCCACUAGGUUCUUUUAAAGUUGAAUAUUUUUUGAUGCUAAUUUCCCCAUAAACAGGCAAAAAUAUGCCCUUUGUAAUCAUGCUGAUGAGUGGGGGUGACCCCUAAGACCCCCCUCCUUGAGAGGAGACUAUGGGAAAGAAACAAGGAAUUUCUAACUAACUCCUGUAGCUCUGGUCUGGCCGGGGCCUGGGAGCAAAGCAUUUGCUUAAAUGCUUUGGUCUGUUUUAGGAACCAAAUAAGAUAUAUUACCUCCGCUCAGAGAACACAUUCAUCUACCCUUAGAAAAAGUGCUACUCAAGGACCCUAAAGGUCUUUCUAUACCCGUUGUGUAUGCAUUACCCAGAAUUCCACCUUUAACUAUUUCUCUGUCAAAGUUUCUCAUGUCAAUAGUCUCAGCAGAAGUGAGGGGCAAUGUUUUACGGUCUUUUUGUAGUCUGAUGGUCAAGCACUCCAAUGCCUCACACAGAACAAAAAAUCAGAUACCAGGCAUCAUUACUACAGGGCUCUACAACCACACAUUCCAGUUUCUCAGGGCACAAGCAACUUGGGGGAAACUGCUAGAAUAUAAAUUUAUUAAUGGCACAAUUGCAGCCUGGAAGAAAUAAGACCAUUUAAGGGUCUUAUUGUUGAGAAAAUGAGCUAAGAGAAUGGCUUUGAUAAAUGUAAUAAGAUCAAACUUGUCACCAAAAUGAAUACCAGUUUGUUUAUGUCAAUUAUGUGAAAAGAAUUUGAUAUCAGAGAUAUCCUGAAUGGUAGCCUGAGAAAAGGUGUUGAUCUUAAAAGUGAAUAACCUCCCAUCGCCUCCUCUUUGCCUGUUUCAUUUACAAGGAUAGCAGUUCUUAUUUUUAGGCAAGACCUCCUCUAAAGGCUAAUGAAAUCUGAAUGUCACAUGUCCCUCACUCCUGUCAAAUCUAGGAGGAGUAAGGGUGACAUAUCUAAGUCACAUACUUUGGUACCCUGUUCUCACACUAGGUUCCUGGCCCUUACCUUUCAUUUCGCCUCUGCACAGCCUUCUCAUACUUUUUGCGGAGUCGCACCAUCUCCUCUUCUAUCGUUGUGAUCGUAUUGGCAAGUCUGUCCAUGCUGGUUAGCUGGGUUUCCUUCUUCUCUUUCAUUUCUUGAAGUUUUGAUAAGAUUUUGCACACAUCAUUUUGCAUGCUCUCUCUGAUAGUAACGUUGUUGGCAUGUUUCAACACAGAAUUUUGUAGCUUUCUUUUAAAAUAACGGGACAGUGGCUAAGAUUAUGAGUCUAAUGAGGACUUCUGAGACAUAAGCAUUUCAAAGUAGCUCUUGUUUUCACAUGGCUCUUGAAAUGACAGUAGUAAUAGUAGUGAUACUCCGGAUACCAUUCAGGAGUUUUUGUAAUCGUCCCAGGUCUCAGACUCUUCCCUCCAUCCAGAAUAGGACACCUUUCCUUGGUGCCCAGGGUUGUGCCACUCCUCCCCCCCUUUGUCAAAGCAAGAAACUAUAGUCAGUCAUCCUUGCUCUGCUGUCCUCCAGAGGCUGCUCUCCUGAGGACAAGGUGGUCCUAUCUGAAGGCAUCUAUUGGACCUGAGCUGGUGCCUGCACUUUAGUGUGGGCCAUAAUUGGUGCUGAAUGAGAUCACAGCCUCUGUAAAUGAUAUUUAACUUUCCUGUUGGGUGAGAACCUGAUUGGGAAAUUAUAUUUUAUUCUUUCUAUACCCACCACUCUCCAAAUGAAGCCAUUUUGUAAUGUGUUUAUUAAAGGAAACUGGACAAUAAAAAGCCAAUGGAAAAAGUUCACAUUGUGUAGACUCAGGAGAUCAGGAUCUAACAUGAGUAAAAGAGUCCAAUGUAGCAUAUGGCAAACAAUAAAUCAAUAAAACUACCAUUUGCCAGACACCCUUCUGUGUGCUAUUACACCAAUUAGCUCACAUAAUAAUAAAAAGUCCUAUGCAAUAAAGACUCUUCUAAUGGAAAAGGAAAGUGAGUCUAGAGAUAAAAGUUAGCUUAUUCAAGGUCAGUCAGCUAGUAUGUGGCAGAGCUGGGAUCUGCAUCUAGGAAACCCCCUCUCCUAAUUGCUCUCCGGUAUUGCCUCCUGUAGGUUCAUUAGAUGCUUUAAAUCUACAACCAGAGGAUGCAGACUAAUAGACAAUUUGGUUGUUUUCUAACAAGUGCAGAUUACCAGAGUUGGAUUUUUCUAAUUGGGCAAAUGACAAUCAUAAAAUCAUAUUAAAUACUUAUACAUUAUAUUUGUCCAGCAAUGGAUAAAGAAAAUGUGAUAUACAUACAUAAUAGAGUUUUAUUUAGCCAUAAUGAAGAAUGAAAUUGUCAUUUUCAGGAAAAUUAAUGGAACUUGAGAAUAUUAUGUUAAGGGAAAUAAAGUCAAGGGUUGUAUGUUUUGUCUCAUGUGGAAGCUAGAGAGGAAAAAAGAAAAGGAAGGUAGUUGGGAAAAUUUCAUGAAAAUUGAAAGGAGAGCAGUAUAGUGGAAGGGAAAUACUGGGGAAGGAUAACGGUCCAGUUACAUUGUCAUAUUGUGUGCAUGUAUGAACGUGUAACAACAAAUCCACCAUUAUGCACAGCUAUGAUGCAUCCAUAAAAAAUAUGGAAAAAGAAAAAAGUGUGUCUCCCAAACAAGCAUAAGCAAUUGUGUUCCAAAGCUUAGAUUAUUAUCUAGGAAACAGUAUUUAAACAGGGCUUUCCCAGCUCUCUAAACUACUAUUUUCGAUCUUAAGAUUCCCCAGUAUGACUUUCAAAGGAUUAUAGUUAUUGUAACUCUUACCUGUCCUGAGUAAUGGCACUAUUUCUUAAAAUUUCCAGUUCAUUUAAUGACAUUUUAUGCCUUUCUUUUAUUUCAUUUACUUUCUGGUGAGCUUUAUGAAGUAGGUUAACAAACUUGUUUCUUUCAUUUCGAAUUGUGUCAUACAACUUUGCAAACUCUCUGAGCCUGUGAAAAUACAAAGUUUUUUGAACUUUGUAAAAUAAAAAAAUCAACUUUGCACCACCAAAUAGAUAACCAUGUGAUUUUUUUCCUUACCUUCGAUAAAUUUCACGUUUUUUCUUCCUGUAUAUUCUGAUUUCAAGAUCCUUUGCUUUGAUUUCUUUAACAAUGUUGUUAUAUUUUUGCUGAAAUAUAAACCUUAUAUAUGAAAUAAUAUGAAUACCCCCAGCUGAACCCCACUUCAUUCCCAUCGGUGAAGGAAUCAUUUCUCUUGGCAUACUGGGUUAUGUAGAUCAGUUGGAGGGACUCGGGGCACAUCUGAAAAUUGCUAGCUGAACUGGUUCAAAUGGGCGAGGCCAAAGGGUAACAUAAGGACGAGAGAUUGUCUAUACAGGUUGGGUUUGAGGAACUAUUGAGAGAAGAGUAAUUGUGGACUGUAUCACUGGACAGGGUGAGUGUAAAGUUUCUGGAAGAUAGACAAGCAAAGAUGAUUUAUAGGAAGCUGCGAAAAUUUUUAUGCAUGAAACCCUCCAAUAUUUCAUGAGAGGCUGAAACAAUGUUUAAAGUGCUUUUCCAUAACUCUCAGAAUGGAAAAGAAGAAACUAAUAUUUAGGUAACUGUGUGAAUAAUUAAAUAGGUAUAAAAAUGUAAUUCCAUCUACUCUAUUUUUUUGGGGGGGGUGAUAGAUGACACUAUAUUUCCUCUAUACCUUUUAUCUUUUUUUAAAAAAAGGAAUGUAGAUGUUGUAUGAAAGGAAAAUGAUAAGCUCUAAUGCCUUCUUAUAGAAAUGACAGCAAACUAUAGCUUUAAUGGAGCAAUUCCCACUGCUAAGAACACUCAAGGAAUAAAUAUUUUCCCUUUAUCAGCUUCCAGAUCUCAAAAGGAAGAAAUAUCUAUGUUUCAAUAUGAAUGAGCUCAUUUUGAUUUUGCUACUCUGCUCCUCCCCUAACACCCUCUCUCCUGUCUGGUUGCCUUUCCUUCCCAUUCCUGCAACCAUUUUCCCCUUCUUUACUCUGUUGGAAUCCACCUGUCCCAGGGACUCUACUGGGAUUAUUGAAGUCUUCAUGAUGGAAUCAAAAUCAAAAUGUGGAUUGAGUAACCUUCCCUAUCUCACCUCUCCUGCUCUCUGGUUUUGCCAUUUGAUAUCCCUUCUCCCAUCUUCCCCUGUGUAAACUAAGAUGAACUUCUUUCAGUUUCUCAAAUGUUAAAAUGGAAAAAUAGUGAAUAGAGGAUGUGAAGAGUUUGCUAUGAUUAGAUCUUUCUCUCUGCAAAAUCUAAUCCCAUUGCUACAAAUAUUCUGGUGUGAGUUUUGUUUUUUUCUGGAAAAUGAGAAGAAGUGUUGUCCUAUGUAAAUACUUAUCCAAAAUGAGAACAAAGGUUUCACUUGGAAACGGCCAAUAUAUGGCUCAUAUGAUAAAUUCAAAUACUCUUAGUAAUAUGUCAUAUCAUAUCCCUUAAGGAAUUUCUGGGUAUAAUCUGGAUAUAAUCCUUACAUGGAACAAAUGAUUCUAAUGUUAGAAUUUUAGCUAGCAUGACAGGAAGGUUUUAUUUUGGGAUAUUGCACCAGGCCCUCUCUGGUACUCUGCAGGAGUCUGUGAGAAAUCAUGGAGUGAGAAGCAAUAAGCAAGGGUAUCCUGGUACUGGUUUGAAUGAUGCUUGCUGGAUAAACCUGGGGGUGGGGGAAUUGUCAAAUGCUACUGCUCAAGUUGUUUCUAGGCAAAUCACAGUGGGAUCAGAAAUGGUAGUGGAUCCCAGGUUUUAUCUGUGGCCCAUGCACCUGCCUGCCCUGUCCACUGGAGGGACCCCCCCCCCAAACCCGCCCAGUUAUUGUACUGAAAUCACCAACUGUUCAAAUCCUCUGCUUACUGUGAUUCUUUUUUUCUUUUCUGUAGAUUGCUGACUAUUGCUAAUUGAAUUCUAGAACUAUUUUUCAGUGCAUGACCAAGUCUCAUUCAUGAAAAAUUUAUAGUUACUGGGAUAUGAAGGAGAUUUCCAGCAAUAGAUUUCUAAUAAACAUUGCACCAAAAUGA